AUGCCUGAGUCUAGGUCAUCCAAGCGUCAGCGCAUCGGUCGCGCCUGUGAUCAGUGUCGGCGUCGAAAGUCCAAAUGCGACGGUGACCAGCCAGUCUGCGCUAUUUGCCGCUCGGCGGGCAGGACCUGCACGUAUGAAAACAUCAGUCGACAUCGGGGAUUGCAAUCAGGAUAUGUUCGCAGUUUAGAGGUGGCUUUGGGGCUUUUCCUCGAGCGGUUCCCUCGCGAUGAGGAUGCCUUGCGACGCUUCCUGCGCGACCCUCAGUGCAAGAAGCAGCUACCGGCAAGUGACUUGGCGGAGCGUGGGCGACAAUCCAGGCUAGCCAAAUACGUGUAUCGAGUGCUGAAUAGAGACUCACAGGACGAGUCGAGUAGCGAGCUUGAAGACGAUACUGGUCUUGCACCACGGGGCUGCGACGUUGGUAACCAUGGGGAAGAGGAAGGAGAGCGCACUGCCCAGGCAAGAAGUGCCCCUGGCGAGCGGAUAUCUCAGGUUGUCUCGGUGGAAUAUCUCAAUCAGCCCAUCCCAGAUAAUACCAAUCAGCUUCUGCAGUUCUAUUUUACCCAUAUCCACAGCUGGUUUCCUAUCAUCGAGCGCCGGGACGUCCUCCGCGUCAUGCACACCCCUCCCGAUGCGUCAUGGUCGGCUCGAGACGCUGCCUGUCGUCUCGUGUUGUGGGCAAUCGUCGCCUAUUCAUUGGCAACGGACGACACACUAGGCCGCGGCAGUCAGGUCGAUCCAACACAAGUUGCUCAAUCUAUCAGAUCGCAAGUCCUGAGGGACAUUGACCGGCUGCAGCUUGGCCAUCUUCAAUCUCUGUUGAUCAUCACGCUUCUGUACUUGGGGGUGGGCCAUCUGCGUCUGCCAUGGGUACUGGUUGGCGAAGCCACCAGGAUGCUCGAGAUGCUUCCGGAAUCUGCCAGGUGCGCUCGCUACCUACACAUCCGGCAUGGAUGCAUCUUGAUCGACAAUCUUACCUCGGCAAUUCUGGAAAAAGCUCCCUGUGCCUCGCUUGAUGACCUGCGACAGUGUGCCUUAGUGAGCGAGGACGAUGUGGACGAAUGGGAGCUGUGGUCUAUGCUGCGACCUGACCAGGCUUCAGGAGGCAGUGUAGUCGCCAAAGGCCCCUUGCGAGCUCUAAGCACCCUCAACCUUAUCCACGAAGUGAUGCGAUUCCUUAGUCGGAUACUAUAUUAUCCUUCUGGGACGCUCCCCAUCCAGGAGCUUGUAGUGGAGCUACGGAACUUGCAAGCCCUUGUGACGGCCAGGCGGCCUUAUCGCGGUCUUGAAUUUGCGAGCCCUCCUCUCCUUACGUUACAUCUAACCACGGCCUUCGUGGUAUUUUCUCUCGCUCUGAAGCACAAGACGUUCGAUCCGGCCAUCAAGCCGCUGGCCAUGACCAGCUUGCGUCUUACUCUUGAGAUAUUGGAUGCAUAUACAGAAAUCACUGGGAUGGCGGGCUCGUCCCCGCUGCUUCGCUGCUUUUCCUUCCAGGCCUACCGGUGUCUACAGAGUGCUCCGAGCAUGUCAGGGCCGGGAAUGGAGCAGCUGAGCAGUCGACUGAUCCAUCAUAUGCAGCAGCUGAAGCGAAGCGGCGAGGGCGGUACUUCUUAUGAGGCGCUACGUUUUACCUGGUUGCCCCUAGGGAAUCACCUUGACUGGUCUUACUUACCAGUGCCACGACUCACUACUCAGCGGCCUUUGGUGCCUGAAGGCACUGUCUACGGUGGACCUGACUUGAACAUGGGGAAUAUGCCAAUAUCAGACCAAGUAAUGGCCAUGCCCGGCUUGUCCUCUACUUCUGGUGGUGUUAUGGAUGUUGGAAAUGAAAGACAGGCGCAGGAGACUGAAGACUUCGAUGCUCUCUUUGAGGAGAUGGUAGCAUCUAUUCCGCAAACUAGAAACGAGCCCACAUUUGCCGAGAAUUUGGGUUUCUAUGCAGGAAAUUUAGAUACAGACUUUCUGGCUCAGCUUCAACAUGUCCCAGACAAUAGUUGA